GAACCUAAAGGAGGGAGAAGGAGCAGAAGCACGAUCAAAGGCGUGAAAUGAACAAAAAGGAUUUGGUCAAUUAGGCACUUUUAAAGAAUUUUCUAGCAGCAAUACAGCGCCGUCAACAUAUUGGUAGUGUUGUGACUCUGCUGCUGCAACAUGUGGAUGGAAACCAAGACGGAGGUGGAGGUCGUCAGCAGGAGCCGUGCCAGUUUAAGUCGACUUGUUCUGAACAGUCUGCUUUUGUGUACAGGAGACAUGGAGCACUUAGAUAAACACAUGCAAGACAAGUGGUUUAUACUGCAGCUGGCUAUGUGGGGGCUGAGAGGGGUAGCCAGGGUGAUUCUGGCCAACAACCCACUGAGUGGUGCUCUCAUCCUGACUGCCCUGUACUGGGCUUCCCCCUGGCAGGGUCUGCUGGGAUCACUGGGAGUUCUGGCCUCGACAAUAACAGCUGUCAUCGUAGGACAGGACAGUGCUGAGCUGGCAGGGGGCCUUCAUGGUUUUAAUGGCAUGUUGGUCUCUCUGCUGAUGGGAGUUUUCAGCUCGGCUGGAGACUGGUACUGGUGGCUGUUGCUCCCCGUCUGUCUAGGUUCAGCUACGUGUGUCUUCCUAUUCAGUGGACUCACAGCAUUACUGGCCCGCUGGGACCUGCCAGCUGCCGUGUUUCCCUUUAACAUCGUUAUCAUCCUCUAUCUCCUUUGUACCGGGGAAAACAACCCCUACUUUCCACAUCAUCCAGCAAUGCCUGCUGGGAUGCUGCAUCCCAAUGUAACAACACUCAGUGGUCUGCAGGUGUUGCACGGUAUCCCCCUUGGUGUGGGUCAGAUCUUCGCGUGUGGAGUCCUUGGGCCUUCUCUUCUCAUUCUUGGAGCUGUUGUGCUGUAUUCCCCACUACUCGCCAUCCAUGCUCUGCUGGGAUCAGCAAUUGGAACAUUGGCAGGGUUAUCCAUGGCGGUACGUCAUGAAUUGCUGUACGCGGGUCUGUCAGGCUUUAAUGGAGCUCUGGGCUGCAUGGCUGUUGGAGGACUCUUUUUCACCUUCAGCUGGAGGAUCCACAUUCUUGCCAUAGCUAGCGCUUUCCUCUCUGCAUAUGCUGACAUUGCCCUGAGCAAUUUGAUGGGAACUGUGGGUCUCCCAGCAUGCAGUUGGGCAGCUACUCUCACAGCCACACUGAUGUUGCUGUUGACUGGCAGUUUAGCAGCUAACCGCAUCCCCAUUGGUCAAGUGAUGGCCCCUGAAUGCAACCUGCGCUCCAGAGGCCAAUGGGAAGCUGGGAACACAGAAGACAGGGAGAGCACAGAUGUGUAG